AAAAAAUCUAACUCAACAUCACACCAAAUUUCAGGUAGCAGUAGUACUGUCUCUCUUCCUUCAACAAUCAUCACUCUCAAUUUUCUCUCUCUAUAUCUUUUUUCCCCAGAUUUUUUAUUCUAUUUUUCUCUCUGUUUCUCACUUUCAUUAUUAUUACUAAAAUUAAAAUUAACAUAAACAGUUUCAUAGAUAGGGUUUUAUUUUUUCCCUUUGUAUUUCACAUUCAAGGGUUUGAAAUUGGACCCUUUGGUCCUUUCUUUUCCAAUCUUCAUCUUUCUUUCUCUCUCUUUUCUCUCUCUCUCUCUAAUCCAAUGCUUAAUCCCGUGAUCCUCUACAUGUAAUCUCACCAUAACUUCCCUAAACCCUAUUUUAUCUCUAAUCUCUAAUCAUGUCUCACGGAUCUUCAUCUCCGCUUCCCGCCGACCGAUCAUCGCCGUCGCCGGAACAACUUUCUCAAAAAGUGGAACAACAACCACCACCCGCCGCCGCUGCUCCUCUUCCUCCGACCACAAGAAGCAACCGUCCUUCCCGCGCGUGCACGAUUCGUGCUGCUUCACGUCUUUAUACCUCCUCGCAACCGGUAAUUGAACGGAAACCGAAGAAGGACCAACGAAGGGAGAGGAGGAGGGAGGAGCAGGAGCAGGAGGAGGAGGAGGAGCCGGAAGAGUCUCCGCUGACGCAAUGUAGUAAGAUCGUUACGCCGUUGGUUGAACCGCCGUCUGAAUCGCAGUUGCCACGGUGGAAUCUUCGGUCUAUGUGGGAGUUAGCUUCCGUGCUCAAUUUUUUGAAUUUAUUUAGGCCUUUGUUGAAUAUCUCACUUGAAUUCUCUGCUGAAGAGUUUGAGACUGCACUUCUUAACCCCAAUGACACUUUGUUUUACAUUCACAUGCCUUUGUUAAAGGCAAUCCCUCCUAUUACACGAAUGGCACUCACACGUGAUACUUGGAUAACCGUAUUAUGCAGAAAAUUGAGAGAUUGGUGGCAUUGGGUUGCUGAGGGGGAUCUUCCAAUUGUUGCUUCACAUGGGACGGAGAUUGAAGUAUAUAAAUCACUUGAUCCAGCCGUCCGUGUUAUCAUUUUAAAAGCAUUAUGUGACAUUCGUGUUGAGCAAGAAGAUAUCCGAAAUUAUAUUGACAACUCAAUCAAACAUGGUGCUCAACUUUCAACAUUUCGUAAAGAGCGUAUCGGAGGUGAUUCAAAUGGAAUCUCUUAUUGGUAUGAAGAUGACCCCAUGAUUGGCCAUAGGUUGUAUCGAGAAAUAAGAAAAACUGAAGUGACUCAACCAAGGAAAGGGAAACCAAGAGGUUCACAGGUUCUUUCUAGUACAUCAUACCAGUGGGAAGCAGUUGCUACCAAUUUUGAUGAGUUUCAAGACGUUUCUGAGAAGCUUUUCUCAAGUAAAAACAGAACAGAGACUUCUGUGGGGAAAAAGCUGAAGAUAGACAUGCUUCCUGAAAUUGAGAAAGUUCACAAGAAAAAGGAGCGGUUGCUGAAAAAGCAACACAGAGAAGCUCUUCUUCUUGAUAAUUACAUGAUUGCUGACGGGAUUUCUGCUGGGCGUGCACUUCGUGACAGGAAACCUGUAACCUACACUUUUGAUGAUUACGAUCGAUCCAUCAAUGAGGCAAUUAAAGUAACCAAGCGGAAUAAGUCAUCCCCAGAACAUAUGCCUAGGAGAGAACCAGUAGCAAGACCUGAAGCUCUGACUAAUGGUAACCAUGGUCCUUCACAUGCUGCAGAACAACAGAAUUUUGGUAUCUCAUCUCCAGAAUCAUUCGACUCUGAUGACGACGAUGAUGAAUAUGAUAAUACUGACAAUUUGGACCGAAGUGGUCGUCGGAGAAGGAAACCUAAGCGGUAUUCAGGGAAUGAGUUUGUUGAAGAAGUAUCAGAUUAUGAGGCAGAAUUUGACAGUGAUGAUGAUAUUGUUGGAGAAGUUGUAUAUGAUGAAGAAUAUCUCAAGAAACGUAAGCAGAGAAGGAAGCAUUCUAGUAGCUCCGAAGGAGAUGAAGAAUAUCAAUGGGAUGAUGAUAAUGUAGAAGAGGAAGAAGAGGAGGAGGAGGAGGAGGAGGAGGAUGAAGACUCGGCAAGCAUGAGUGAGGAUAGUGACAAACCCCGCAAAGUCAAACGAUUGCCAGGCCGAACUAGGAGGGAAACUAAACUCAGGUCUGUGGGUGAUAUUCAAUCAAGUCCAAGACGCAGUAAGAGGGCUACUAGAAAUCGUAUAAAUUACAAACAAUAUGAGAUGUCGGAUUCAGAAACCGAGUUUACCAAACCUGGGAAGUCUAAUGCAUCAGCUGAUCACUCAGAUGCCAGCGAGAAUGAGAAUGAAAAACAGAAUGAGAAUGAGAAUGGGGAAUAUGUGAUGGAAAGUGAGGAAUCAGAUAGCAUUGAAGAUGAAGAUCAGACAAUGAAAGUAGAAGAGCCCGUUAGUGUUCCUUACCCUGUAGUAGAAGAAGAGAAUGAAGAUCAGAAAAUGAAAGUAGAAGAGCCUGUUAGUCCUCCUGGUCAAGAUGAAGUCGAGGGCACAGGAAAAAGACGUUUCCUUGAUUUGAAUGAACUUGCUCCUAGCCCUGGUUUUGACGAUGGUCCAAAUACAAUAGUAAAAGAUGAAGACAACGAUUACUGAAGCUUCUUCUGUAUGAAUGCAGGGAUUGUAGUUUUCUAUCAGUGAAGAAGCCUAUGUGUGUGAUAAUAGAAUUAUAAAUUUUGUUAUAAGCCCCCAGAGGAAGUUAUUAUCAGGUCUCCUCCUAUGGCAUAAUCUGAGCAGUUGCCCUUGGUGCAUGAUUUACUACCAGAAACAGGAAGCAUGAUGAUAAGUUAUGUAGAUUAGUUAGUUAGUUAUUUUUUUUCUCCAAAGGGUCCACCACCAAAAUGAAUGAGAAAUUGUUAUCUUAGCUCAUCCAAUCAAUGUACAAUAGUUGUUAACAGGUACUGUAACAUUAAAAAGAAGUGGCUUUCAGAUUAUAAAACCCUGUAGCUCUCUUUCUUGAACUGUGAUCAGCAUGAACAUUAGAGCAUUUCGGUCGA